AUGUCCGAGGAGCGCCUCUGGAAGUUCCGCAAGCCGGAGUGGCUCAACAGCGUCUACGCCCGCAACGCAGGCGUCUACAGCGCCGGCGCCCUGUUCUCCCUCGCCUUCUACGUCCUCCUCGACGCCUCGGUGUGGUCCAAGUCGGCGCUGAACGGGUCCGACGUGCACGUGACGUUCGUGGACUGGCUGCCGCUCAUCUUCUCGUCGCUGGGGAUGCUCAUCAUCAACUCGGUCGAGAAGCAGCGCCUGUCGGCCGACUCGUUCUCGUACAGCGGGUCCGGCGUCGCCUGGAAGGCCCGCGUCGUGCUCUUCCUCGGCUUCGCCGCCCUGGCCGGCGGCAUGGCCGGCGGCGUCACCGUCUUCGUGCUCAAGUUCGUCGUCCCCAGCGUCGAGUGGCCCAUGAUGGGCAUGGGCGUCGAGAACGUCGUCGCGAACGCCCUGGUUGGCCUGAGCAGUGUCGUGCUGUGGGUCAGCCAGAAUAUGGAGGAUGAGUAUAGCUAUAACUUGGCGCUGUGA